AUGGAUGAUUUCAAUAGGGUCAUUGAGAAUGAACCAAAUCUUGGAGAUGCCUAUUCACAGAGAGGAUUAAUUUAUCAAAUUACCAGACAGGGUGAUCUUGCUAUUGAGGAUUUUACAAAGGCAAUUUCACUCCUUUCUGCACCUAAUGUAUUGAGUAAACUUCAUUACAAUAGAGGUGUUACCUAUUCGGAGAUGUCUGAUAAUUCAAAGGCAAUGGAUGAUUUUUCCAGAGCUAUUGAGCUGGAUCCAUCAUUCCAUGCAGCAUACAAUAAUAGAGGACUUUUAUAUACUAGAAUGGAAGAAGAAGAGUUGGCAAUCAAGGAUUUCUCAAAGGCAAUUGAUUUGGAUCCAAAUUUUUCAGAUUUUUAUUAUAAUAGAGGAAAUUCGUACUGUGCCAUUGGUGAGUAUGAGAAUGCCAUGAGCGACUAUACCAAGUGUAUUGAAUUGGAGCCAUCAUUCGACUGUUAUUACAAUAGAGGAAACUUGCAUUUUGGAUAUCAAUCAAUUGAUAAGGCAAUUGAUGAUUUUACCAAGUCUAUUGAACUCAAAUCUGAUUUUUCAAUGAGUUGGAUGCAUAGAGGAAAUGCCUAUUGUAAGAUUAGUAACUAUGAUUUGGCAAUAGUUGAUUUGACAAGAGCAAUAGAAUUGAAUCCAAAUUUCCCAGGUGGUUACUUUAAUAGAGGAAUUGCAUUCACGCUCACAAAGGACUAUAGUAAGGCACUCGAUGAUUUCACUCGAGUUAUUGAAAUUGUACCAACACUUGGUCCUCAUAUGGAAAUGCUUCUUCCUCUCCAUGCAAGUGCCUAUCAUUUGAGAGGUAAUGUCUAUCAAAACAUGCAGGAAACAGAGAAGGCACAACUCGAUUUUAAGAAAGCCAUCGAGUUGAAUCCAGCUCUUGAAUCUGUUAUAAAUUAUAAGGAAUAA